AUGAUCUUUACGUUGGACGAUGAUCUUGAGGGUUUGAAGUUGAGUGACUCGGAAAGCAGCCUUCAACAGCAGCAACAGCCGACUGCCCUUUAUGACGAAACAGAUGAAGCUGAGAAUGUAAUGAAUUUGGACCAUCUCAAUCUGGCAACGGAGCCUAUACCGUUCCUAGGUGACAGGCCAAGGAGGAGAUCAUCUGUGUUGGAAAAGUUCCCGGUAUCGACACCACCUCGCACAAGAAGAAUAUCCGUCACUUCGGCAUCAAAUCCGCUUGGCGGUGGUUGUCUCGAUGGGGGCCAGUUGCUGACUCACAGGGAUGCAGGUAUUUUCCGUUGUCUCGCGGACUUCAAACCUGUCAGAGUGCUGGGAAAGGGCGCCUACGGUAAGGUCAUCCUUGUCAGGGACCAACAAACGAGCAAACUGUACGCUAUGAAACAGCUGUUGAAGGCGGAAAUACUAUUUACUGAAGAGAACGAUCAAUCGCAGAAGGACGACAAGGAUGUGUCGAAAUUGGUCGAAAGGACUUUUGCAGAAAGGACUAUUUUAUCGGAGCUUGAACAUCCCAACAUCGUCAAAUUGUUCUACACUUUCCAUGAUAAUGCCAAACUGUACUUACUGCUGCAGUAUAUCCCUGGUGGCGAGCUCUUUUUUCACCUGAAGGAACAAGGAACGCUGGAUGAAGAUACUGUGGCAUUUUAUGCUGCCGAAAUCAGUUGUGCCCUGAAAUUUCUCCACAGCAAGGGGAUAGUGUACCGAGAUCUGAAACCAGAAAACUGUCUUCUCGAUCAGAACGGCCAUUUGGUCCUGACGGAUUUCGGGCUGAGCAAGAAAAGUGUCGCACAGCAAGAGGUGCCCUUUUCGUCGAGCGCAGAAAGCGCAUUUGAGUCUGAAGAAGUCACCAACUUAUACUCCAUCAUCGGUACCCCGGAGUAUUGCGCCCCGGAAGUGCUGCAGGGUGUUCCCUACACCAAGAAAUGCGACUGGUACUCUCUAGGAUGUCUAAUGUACGAUAUGCUGAUUGGGAAGCCGCCACAUACGGGAGCAAACCACAAGGUGAUACUUAAUAAGAUACAAAGAGACAAGCAAGGUCCCAAGAUCCCGCAUUAUCUCAGCGACGGUAUGAAAGACAUGCUCUCUGCCUUGCUGAAGAAGGAACACACCAAGAGAUGGGACGUCGAUAAGUACUGGCGCACUCCCACAGACCCAAAACAAAAGCGAAAAAAGAAGAAGGCGGGACAGGAAAAAACCUCUGGCUACACUUCCCAUUUCAUCUUCCGCAAGAUCGACUGGCCAAAGCUGGAGAAGGGAGAGAUACAAAAGUCAGAACCCGGUCCAAUACUUCCACUGAUCACGGACUGGGCCUUGGCAGAAAACUUCGACUCGGAGUUCACUUCGAUGUCCUACGAAGACACCCUCAAAGGGAUUGACAUCAAUAUUCCAAAGUCAUCAUCAGACUAUUUCAAAGGGUUCAGUUACAAGGCAAGUUGCAGCUACUUAGAGAGACACUUCUAG